GCGGUGACGCGAGCGGGGCGCGGGCAGGAUGGGGCGGUGAGGGGCGGCCGUGCCGGACAGCCCGCGGCAGCCGCGCCGGGCCCCGAGCGAGCCGAGCGGGCGGUGGUGAAAAAGACAAUAUCAAGAUGAGUAAAAAGCCUCCAAAUCGUCCUGGAAUCACAUUUGAGAUUGGUGCUCGUUUGGAGGCACUGGACUAUUUGCAGAAAUGGUAUCCAUCUCGAAUUGAGAAGAUAGAUUAUGAAGAGGGGAAGAUGUUGGUGCAUUUUGAACGCUGGAGCCAUCGCUACGAUGAGUGGAUUUACUGGGACAGCAACAGGUUGAGACCUUUGGAGCGACCAGCAUUGAGGAAAGAGGGGCUGAAGGAUGAUGAAGAAUUUGUUGAUUUUAAACCUGGAGAAGAAGUCCUAGCUCGUUGGACAGACUGUCGAUAUUACCCUGCAAAGAUUGAAGCAAUUAAUAAAGAGGGAACAUUCACAGUGCAAUUCUAUGAUGGUGUUAUUCGAUGUCUUAAAAGGAUGCAUAUCAAAUCUAUGCCAGAGGAUGCAAAAGGGCAGGCGCGCGAGAGGGAGCAGAUAGCGCCGGAGCUGAGAUUAGUGACGGAAAUCGAACCAAAAGAAGAUUGGAUAGCUUUGGUCAAAGCUGCUGCUGCUGCAGCAGCCAAGAACAAAGCAGGAAGUAAACCUAGAACCAGUGCAAACAGCAAUAAAGAUAAAGAGGACAGAAAAUGGCUAAAAGUCCCUUCAAAAAAGGAAGAAACCUCAACCUCUACAAUCAUGCAGGAAGUCCAAAAAAAGGAAGAGGAGCCUACCUCUAGUGACACAUUUGAAGUAGGAUUUCCUGUAGUGGAUGUUCCAAAGAUGCCCUUUGUGCAGGCAGAGAGCACGUUAUCACACAAGAGGAAAAGUAAUCUAGGCAACUCAUUUCAGGCAAAGAGAGCUCGCCUAAACAAGAUCACUGGUUUAUUGGCAUCCAAAGCUGUUGUUGCAGAUGGUGCUGAAAAAAAGGAAGGCAACAAAGAAACAGCUCCAGUCCUGGAGCAGGAGAUUUCACCUAAACCACAAAGUCAGAAAAAAAAUGAAGCUGAUAUUAGCAGUUCUGCCAGCAUUCAGAAACCUGCACUGUUAUCCUCAACUUUGUCUUCAGGAAAGGCUCGCAGCAAGAAAUGCAAACAAGAAUCUGGAGAUUCUUCCGGGUGUAUAAAGCCCCCUAAAUCACCACUUUCCCCAGAAUUAAUACAAGUCGAGGAUUUGACGCUGGUCUCUCAGCUUCCUUCUUCUGUGAUAAAUAAAACUAGUCCAUCACAGCCAGUGAAUUCCCCUAGAUCCUACAAACAUAGCCAACGGAGAAGAAGAUCACAGCGUUUAGCCACUUGCUCCUUGCCUGAUGAUUCUCUAGAAAAAGUUUCUUCUCCCUCUUCAGUUACUGAUGGAAAAGUGUUCUCCAUCAGUGGUCAAAACCAACAGUCAUCAAAAUUGGAGGUACCUGAUGUUGCUCAUGUGCCACUUGAGAAGCGUGGACCAUGUCUCCCUCUUGAUUUAAGCCGUAGUUCGGAAGUUACAGCACCAUUAUCCGCAGAAUCCACUUUCCAUAAUGAAUAUUCCAGUAAAGACAAGGAAGAUAUUCAGAUGAUUACAUAUCUUUCUUCCAAAGCAGUAACUGAUGGAAGAGUAGCUACAACAGCGUCAGGUGCAGCUAGAAUGGAAAGGAAAGGAAAACUGGAAGAGAAAAGUUCUUCAGCAUAUGGUAAAAAGAAAGAAAAAGAAAAGGAGAAAAAGGAAAAGAAGGAAAAAGAUCAUAAACCAAAACAGAAAAAGAAGAAGAAAAAAAAGAAGAAAUCAAAACAGCAUGAUUACUCGGAUUAUGAAGACAGUUCUGUUGAAUUCCUGGACAGGUGCUCCUCUCCCUUGACGCGGUCCUCGGGCAGCUCCCUGACGUUGCGCAGUAUGUUCUCAGAGAAGAACACUUCAUACCAGUAUCCAAGAGCUAUCCUGUCUGUUGACCUUAGUGGAGAAAACCUUUCAGAUGUGGAGUUCUUGGAUGAUUCUUCCACAGAGAGUUUGUUACUUAGUGGUGAUGAAUACAAUCAGGAUUUUGAUUCAACCAACUUUGAAGAGUCUCAGGAUGAAGAUGAUGCUCUCAAUGAAAUUGUUAGAUGCAUUUGUGAACUUGAUGAAGAAAAUGGCUUUAUGAUUCAGUGUGAAGAAUGCUUGUGUUGGCAGCACAGUGUAUGCAUGGGACUGCUGGAGGACAGCAUUCCAGAGCAGUACAUCUGUUACAUCUGCAGAGAUCCACCAGGAGAAAAAAGUCAUUCUCAAUGUCAGUAUUUUAAAGUGUAUUGGGAUAAUGGGCAAAAAGGAGAUAGACAGGGUAUUCUCCUGAAAGGACAGAGGUGGAGUGCCAAAUAUCUCUAUGACAAAGACUGGCUAAACAAUGGACACAUGUGUGGAUUGUCAUUCUUGAAAGAGAACUACUCUCAUCUUAAUGCCAAAAAGAUCGUGUCAACCCAUCACCUACUGGCAGAUGUAUAUGGGGUAACUGAAAUACUGCAUGGACUGCAGCUGAAGAUUGGGAUACUGAAAAAUAAGCAUCAUCCAGACCUUCAUCUCUGGGCUUACUCAGGGAUGAGAAAAGAACAAGAACAAAGAACUGUUGGGGUAGAGAAAAAGUUAGUGACUUUGCAGGAUGCUGUUAAUCCAGCUGAAAGGACGUGUCAUAGUCAAAACCAUAAAGAGCCACCCAGUAUACCCCAGAAGAUGGAAGAAACAUACAUCACAAGUGAGCACAGUUACCAAAAACCACAGAGUUUUAGUCAUGACUACAAAGCAGUCACUGACCCUAUGAGCUCAGAUGAUGAAGACACAAGUAGCUUUGAGGAAGAUCAGGAAUAUCACACAGAGAAUAAAAACUGUUUACAAUAUUCUUUUAAAGAUGGUGGCAUGAAUGAGCAGAAUUCUGCUGAAGGAAACACUGUGUUUGUUUGUAAUGAAAGAAAAGGCUCAGAAGAACAAGUGGACACACAUCUUCAAUGGCAGCUAAAUCUCCUCACCCAUAUAGAGAAUGUACAGAACGAAGUCACCAGCAGAAUGGACCUGAUUGAAAAAGAAGUUGAUGUUUUAGAAAGCUGGCUUGAUUUCACUGGAGAACUGGAACCACCAGAUCCUCUGGCAAGAUUGCCUCAGCUCAAGCGACGUAUCAAACAGCUCUUAAUCGACAUGGGAAAAGUACAGCAAAUAGCAACACUUUGCUCUGUAUGACAAAAGGAGGAAUAUUGAAGUAAAAAUAGGUUCUUUACAUGAGUUUUCUUAUUAGCCACAAGACUGACAGGAAGACAGCAAAAAGCUGAGCAUUUAUCUGGUUCUUUGCUGAUUACAUUAAUAGGCUGAAGCUUUAGAAAGAAGAGAGGAAGUUUAGAGUCAGGAAUCUGUUUUAUUAAAAAUAUGAAUUUUCAAUGUCCGAGCUUCAAAAUUAUAUAUAAUAUACUGAGAAAUGUCAAUUUCUCAGCAUUUUAACAUGUUGAACAAGUAAAUCCCCAGAUACAAGAAAAUUCAACAAACAAAAACUCUUUGAAGAGCAGUGCUACUAUUUUAAAACCCUUGGCAAACAUUUCUAAAUUAGCAGAAUUCAGCUGACUAAAAAUGCAAUCCUCUUAUCUUGCUAGUGAAAGAUAGAUACAGAGAGAGCUGUAUCUUCUCUACAAGGAAGGUUUUUAGAUUAUUUCUUUCUCCUACGAGUGUUCAGGAAAACAAACAUACUAGCUUUGAUUUUUGAAAAAAAUUACUUGUCAUGGUCUCCCUUUUAAAGUAUUUUUUUAAAUAGAAAUCCCUAGAGCAGCACCCCUAGGCUCCUUUAAAACAGAAGUGGAAAGUAGUGGUCCGAUGUGCCAAAUAAUAUUAAAAUCACUGGGAUGAGAGUUUAAUUAUGACUUGGGCGAAGGUUUUUUCCAAAGUCCUACUUGGUGCCAGCAGUCCUUCCAAAAUUGUAUCUAGUUUAUAUUUUUUUAUGUUCUACAGCAGUGUUCAGGAAUCAAGGUACAAUUUUUGUCCUGGGUAGCUCUAUUCUGAUGUUGGCCCUCUGAAAACUUCACCAUCCUCAGUGGGGAUGAGGCAUGACAAGAGCAGCAAAACUGUCUGUGGCUGUGGAAAUUCUAAACCAUUAGAGGCAAAAAUCACAAGAUACCUUAUCCAAGUUGUUUUUGUAAAAUUUUUCAGCUUCAGUGAAUGAAAUGUCAUGAAACCAAAGGCAACCUACCUGCUCUGUUAGCUCUUGCUGGAUGUUGAGCCCAGGACAUUUCCUGUGCUGAUAAGUUGCCGCUGUCCCCAGUGCUACAUCCGUGUCUGUGUGUGUAUGUACAUGUGUAUAGCUAUGUGUACAUGUAUACAUGCCAUACACAUUUCUACCUACACAUGUCUAGUUUUAUUACCAUAGACUACAAGAACUGGUGGUUCAUAUUACCUUUUAACAAGCAGUUUCUAAAAUUGAAAAUAAUGUAUGUACAGGUUUUGAAAUUUGUAAAAUAUGACUGUUAAAAGGAGGCUAUUUAACUGAGGACAUUAAGAUACUUGAACAUUUUAUGCCUCAUGUCUGUUUAUCAGUUCUAGUUAUCUGUAUAAAUGCAUUUUAGAACCGAUAGACAGUAAACUUGAAUUUACCUUUUGAUAAGAGUACAAGCCACUGUACAUUCAAAAAUUAUUUAAAUUUGCAAACACACUGUUCUAUAUGUAAGGUACUGUAUGUAAAACUGUUUAUUAAAACUAUUCUGCAUACUCUACAUUUUCCACUUUUCUUCCUGAUCUACAUACAAAUGUAAAAAAGAAGUGAUUGUUAUUAUGUACAGACCAUCAAAAAAUCUUGGAAUGCCUUUUAAGGAUGCAUACAACUGAAAAAUGUGCCAAAGAUGGAUUAUCUGGGAAAGAUUUUGCAACCAGUGCAUUGAACUUUCAUGAUAAAACCAUUAUUGAGAAAGAAAGCAGCGUGGCUGGUUCAUUGCUAAAGUAAACGUACCCUGACCUUUCCUCUCUGUCUGUCAUACCUGAAGUGAGUUAUCACUCCUGAUGGCCAAAGCAAAAUGUAAACCCCUGUUCCAGAGCGGUUGCUACUUAAGUCUUCCCACAUCAAGCUUGUAGGAGACAUCACAGAGAUGCAUGAAAACAUGGAAUUAUGGAAUGGUUGGCAACUCCAUAAUGCAGAAAGAACAUUAGAGCUGUGGAGUUGUUGACAUUUUAUAGCAACUGUUAAUAAAUACUCUGUGUGAUAUAGAUGAUGCCUGAAUAACUGCUUCAAACAUGAAUAGUUGAGUGGCCUACUUGCUUUUGGAUAUGUGAGACGUUUUUAUAGACUAUUCACUUGCUGCAUAUCCUUGAAUGUGGUACUCUGUGUACUGUAUAAGAGAAGUGUAAAUCCAGAUGAAUUACUUUGAAACAAAGUGGAGUGUAUUUACAGAAUUUAUGCAGCAUACACUGUAGCAAUAUUAUGCAAUGUGUGUGCAUGUGUGUGAUGUAAUAUAAUUGUAAAUGUUACUGAAGGUGGAGGUGGACUUGGAAAGUUCAGGGGGGAGGACAGAGGUUUUAUUCUUACUACAAAGGUGGAGGAAUGGUAUCCUGAAAAGGAAAUCCUAAGGUCAAAGUUGAAGUUGCCCUUGCAGCUUUAAUGUGUCUUCUGUUUGUAUGUGUAAUGGCCUCUUAAUUUACACAAAUAUGUAAUUUUACCCCUCAAGAUCCUGCCUUGUUCAGGAUAGACUGUGUUUGCAAAACAAUCUGUUCAGUAUUUUUUUUAAUGUUCAUUGUGUAGUCAUGUAUUAUAAAAACUCUCCUGCAAUCAUUCAUAUCUUCUAAGAAAUACAAUCUCAGUGUCCGUGUGGACCAUGCUGUGUAUGAUACAUCGUGUCUUGCUCCAAUGUUUCACAAACUUGUCUGAGUUUGCUUUCUCAAGUCAUGGUGCUGGUCUGUAACAUGUGGACAUUAGUUUCUGACCCCAGCUUCUCAAGUAUUCAAAGGUUUGGGAUGCUUUUGAGGUUUUUCUUUUAAACACAAGUCAAGUGCCAUAAAAAUGCUAAGCGUUUUGCACAGAAUGUAGCUUACAGUUGAUUGCUUUGCUCAUGUACCAGUCAGCCCCGGUGUGAUUGGGCUCUUACCAGUAUUUCUUCCUAGUUGGCCUUAUCAAGAGAAUCUUAUUCCUGUAGGCAUAAUUUUCCAUCUGUCUUCCUGCUUCCUCUCUAAAUAAGCCAGGGAUGUACACUCAGUCUACUUGCAACAUCAUUUAUUGGGGUUUGAAUUAUGACUGCAUUGUUUGAUGAAGGGGACAGACCCUCUCUGAGUAAAAAACAGUAUAUGGCAAUGUAAGGACUGUUUGAUAUGUGUGCACAGAAAGGCAAAAUGUUUAAAUUUGAAGCCUUCUGUCACUGCAUAGGAAUUUUAAAUAGUAUUAGACAAAAGAGGAAAUGCCAUAUUACAGAAGCCUCUUGUGAUUUCACAGAGCUAAAUGGCAAACUUUUGGAGCCUUUCAAUGCCCAGCUUUUUGUCUGAGGUUUAGUUAGGGGUUUGCCUGUUAGUUUUUUUUUUUUUAAUGGAGGUAUCAGGGUGAUUUCAUUUCAAAGCCUGCUCCUACUUGUGACCAUACCAGAGGCAUCUACAUCAGGAAUUGUGUUUCAGUUGCAGUGAUGGCAGGACAGCAGUACUGCAGUCAUAAAUGAAUUGUGGUGUUGGUGCUGUGCUCUGGUAUGACGUGAUGGGGCUGCCACGUUCUGGUUACAAAAUGGAUGUACUUCAGGUCAUAUUGCAGGGAAUGGGUUGGAAGAUACUUCCUGUUCACCCUUUUCUUGGGUAGCUGUAGGUUAAAUAGUGCCCAUAUUUUGGAUAUUCUGGCCUUAGAUGUAUAGAUCUUUGUUCAGCUGUGGAGUGGUUUACAGUGGUAGAAGCCUGUCAUUUUCUCUCAAAUAGACAAAGAAGAUGGGUUGCAAUUUUCUGAUAGAUUUCCUGUAUUUGCUGGGUGGCAAAGAAUUGAAACUGUUCUUCCAUGGGUGCAGUAAUCUUGUAUGGCUGACAGCCUCCUCUCUCUCUUAAUUUUAUCUCUGAGCUUCUACAUGUGCUCAUCUAUUCAUUCUGCAGCUUGCAUCUUUUUCUUCUUUUGUUCUUCAGCUGCCUGCACUCUGGCUUCUGAGGUGCCUGGAGGGUGUCACUCCUUUGUUCUCAUGCCCAGUUCUUCCUGGCUGCUGUGGGAAGUAGUCAUGGGGAAAGGCCUCUUUGGCUCUUCUGUCCACAGCCUCCAGAGCAUCCUGGGACUUGUGUACAGUUGGAGUGCAUGCACCAUCAUCAAAAUUUCCAGGUGUUUUUGAUGCCUUUCUUAAGUAAGCCUCUUCUGUCUUGUGCAAUUUGUGAUCUUCCUCUACUCCCAUCUGGCUUCUAACUUAACUAGACUUGAAUUAAUAUUACAGCAAAACCCCUCUGGCACUGCUGGGCUCCAGCACUCCUUACCAAACUGAGGGUUGGGAUGCAAAGGAGUCAUUCAGACAUUACAGUGAAAUUAUAAAACUAUUUGAUGUUGUAAACUACACUAUUUUUCCUUUGUAUUUAAAAGGAAGCUGUAACCAUUUUUCUUCACUGGAACUCUAAAGGCACAAAACAGAUCCUGAACUGAACUGGAGCUUGGUAUAAAAAUCAGCAAGUGGAGGAUGGGCAGGACUGCAGGCAGAGGCUUCACAGCCAAAAGAGCAGUCAGGCUGUCCCGGCUGCCUUGCCCUGUUAGUAGCUCUGUGGAGGUGCUGGUCUGUAAAGGGAGUGUGUGCAAUGAUGCCAUUCAUUUGCAAGCAGGAUUGUUUAGAACACUGGAACUAUAGGUUUUUGCUCUACUGCUUAAAAAUGUUUCAGUAUAUGCACCUUAAUUUUGGAGUGCUUAUUAAAGUCAGAGGCUUAAUCACUUUUUAAGUACCCGUUGCUAUUCUCACAUUUUACUAGCUCACAAUUUUUUUCUGUUGUACUGAUUGCAUAUGGCUUUAGGUGAGGAUUUUGCAGAGGCUGUUUGAAAUGCUUCAGUAAUGGUUUCUAUUAUCCUUUGUUAUGUCCUGGGCACUGGGUGUGGGGGUCUGUCUUUAGCAAUAAAUAUUAUACACUAUGUGUAUAUCUGUUUGUAUAUGGAAAACAAAAACAGAGCAUGUAACGAUGGUGAAAAUACACUGCACUGAGUGCAGAGUGUGCAUUUGGCAGCCAUUCUGCACCAGCCUGAACAACCCAAAUGAAAAAUUGGAGACCACAUGGAGAAAAUGAACUAGCAUGAAAAAUCAUUCAGGACAGAAGUUCCCUUCCCUUACACUGUGGGUGGGAUAACUAAAGCUAGUUCAAUUGCUGUUUGCUUCAAACAGCUGUCUUCCUUUCCUGAAAACUGGCCAGGCCUCCUGUGUUCAGCUGUAGCCAUGUGCAUCAGUGUAUUGUCACUAAAGACUCUGAGAGAGGCAGCACUGCACUAUGAUUAAAUCUUCUGUGAGAGAAGCAAAAUACUUCCUUCUGUGAUUUGUUUUUUAUAAUAGCAAUAAUGUUGACUGCAUUCUAAUACUCACAAUAAAGGUCUGUUGAGAUUGUUA